CCAGGUUCGACCAAUCACAGCGUGCACGAGGACACACUCGGGCUUCAGAACGUUCAUGUGCGCGCGAGGCUCGAGCCGGUGAAGAGGCUGUUUAACUUCUAUUCGAAUAACCGAGUUUUAAUGUUUUUAAUCGACUAUAAUCUAGUCCUUGGAAGACGCCGUGUGUGCUGUGACAUCCUUUAUUUCAUUUUUAUCUUUUUAACAACUUUGAGGAAGGAUUGAACGGAUUUGAACUCCACAAAACAAAACUUUAUUUAAAAACAACAACAGUUUAUCCACCGAUUGGAGUCGAUUAAUCACCGUUUGUGUUGCACUCUAACGGGUUUUUAUUUUAUUUCAAAGAAGCAUUUAAAUGAUUUUUACAUUAAUAAAAACCCAAACUAGUUUUCUGGUCUGAGAUUCGAUUGGGGGGGGGGUUCUGAUUCUUUUUGUGCUGCUGUAUUCUCUUCACUUGUAUAGAGAAGGACUAAACAGCUUGUUGCACGUGAUGGUCUUCUUUUAAUCGAUCAUUUGGCGUUUUGAAGGCUUUACUCUCACUCUCGUCCUCUUCUGUUCCGGGUCUUACCGGAUCCGGUACCGGGACUCCGUGAAACCUCGCAAGGAUGUUUUUACAAACUUUUCACACAAGUGGAUAUUAACGGCUCGUUUUCCGGCUCGACCCGGACCACAGUGGGGUUAUCUCAGGGGGGGUUGACUCGGGUCUGUAAUUAACCCGGAUUACAGGAGGAGGAUGCUGACCCGGGUCCACCUGGCUCUGCUGAACUGGUUCUUUAUGUGGAGCCAGGGUCAGCGCGUGGACUACGACAGCUGGGCCGACCAGGCCGUGUCGUCCAACGGCCUCUGUCGCUACGGCAACAGCGUGGAGUGUUGUUGGGGCUGGAGACAGACGGACUGGGGACGCUGUCAACCUCACUGUCAGCAGGGUUGUAAACACGGUGACUGUGUGGGACCAGACAGAUGCAGAUGUCAUCCAGGAUACACCGGCAAGGCCUGUAACCAAGAUCUGAACGAGUGUGGUGUGAAGCCUCGGCCCUGCAAGCAUCGCUGCAUGAACACACGUGGCAGCUACAAGUGUUACUGUCUGGAUGGACACACACUGCAGCCGGACGGCAGCUGCAGGAAUGCUCAUACCUGUUACCAUGCCAACUGUCAGUACGGCUGUGAGGUCAUAAAGGGGGCGGUCAGAUGCACCUGUCCAUCGUCAGGGUUACGGCUGGGACCAGACAGACGCACCUGUGUCGACAUCAAUGAGUGUGUGUCCGGCAGCGGUGUGUGUCCUCGUCGCAGGAAGUGUGUGAACACGUUUGGCAGCUUUGUGUGUAAAUGCCACCUGGGCUUCAAACUGACGUACAUCAACGGACGAUACAACUGCAUCGAUAAGGACCCUCGGCCGUUCUGUUCUCUGAAUCCAUCCUCUCCAAAGUGCAGGUGUAAAGACGGCAGCUGUAAAGCUGUCCCUAAAGUAACCCUGGAGCCGCUCAGACCGAGGACUACAAGAACUACAACUCCCAUCUCCACCACGGCUGCCACUACCACUCCCCUUACUACAACCACUACGAGUCCUACUAUGACUACGACUACUAGCAGUACUUUACUCAUUGUUACCAUGACGACCACACCUGUUACCACGACAACACCUGCUACAACUACAACACCUGUUACCACGACAACACCUGCUACAACUACAACACCUGUUACCACGACAACACCUGCUGCUACCACCCCUGAGGGUACGACUACUUCCUCCUUCCUGCCUCCUACAACAGAACUCGAUACUACGACCAUCUCUACGACAACAACAACGACAACCGCUACAACUCGUCCGCCUGUGACCACAGCUAUCACUAUGACUACUUCCACGCCGGCGUCCACCACCUCCCUGCUAACGAGCACGGUGAGCAACAAGAUCAACAAGGACGUGACGCACAGACAGAGAGGAGACGUGCACAUCCCUCGACAUCCGGGUCAGAACCAUGUGUGGGAGUUCGACAUCGAGCUGGGAAACACGGCCGAGGACGCCAGAGACGAUCCAGAGGUCGGCGUGCUGCGCUGCUCCUUCGAUCACGGUUUGUGUGACUGGAUGUCCGACAGAGACGGAGAUGUACACUGGGAGACAGAGCAGAACCCUGCAGGUGGCCGAUACCUGUCUGUCCCCGAGCUGAAGGCAGGACAGAGGAACAUCCGUGGCGCUCGAUUGGCCAUCAAAAUUGUCCCACCAUGGAGCCACGGCGACCUGUGUUUCUCCUUCUCCCAUUGGCUGACGGGGCAUCAUGUGGGCGUGAUGCAGCUGUUUGUCAGGACGGGACGAGAUCCGAGGUAUGGCCCCGCCCUCUGGAGCAGGACAGGUGGACACGGAUGGAGACACACGCAGGUUACCAUGACGACACACUCGGUGGACAAGGUGUUGCUGAAGGCCGAGAGGAGGAGGGGCUGGCGAGGACAGAUGGCUGUUGAUGAUGUCACACUGAGGCGUGGGGCGUGUCGGUGAUUUUUCCACUUUUUUUAUGAAAUAAAACCUUUUAUACAAAAAAAUUGAAACUUUCCUCUUU